AUGCAGACCGUCUACGAGGGCAUUCUCGACAUGCUGACCUUCUUCCUCGGCCUGCUCUUCCCGGGCGCCUCGCUGGCUGCCGUGGACAGCUUCUACCCGCCCCUCAACCACACCACGUACAUCACCAAUGCCUCGCUCGGCACGUACGGCGGGGUCUUCAAUGCCCCCUCUGACAGCGCGAGCCAGACAGGCGACAGUGUCUACAAUUACUGCUCCAUGCCGCAUCCGCACGUAGACACUUACGCCCUGCCCCGCCCCGUCGCGAACCACUCCGUCGCUGCGAAACUCGUGCACUUGGAGUACAUCCAGCGCCAUCAGCGGCGCACGCCGUAUAAUAUCCUCCCUGGAGGCGAGAACCAAGAAUACAACUGCGACGCCAUCCACCCGCACCUCCUCGCGGCCCCUGAACAUCCAAGUCCAGGAACAGGCCCUUCCCCAGUGCAGGUCUACGGCCAGCCCUACACGGACCCGGCGAACCCCUUUCUGACGAACUACGUCAACGGCUCCUGCCAGUACCCCCAGCUCACGAUCGGCGGGUAUCUAGACGCGUACCAGCACGGGCGUGAUCUGCACGCUCUCUACAGCACCGAACUCGGUUUGAUCCCGGCGACCCUGGACGAGGGAGGCGAUGGGCGCGUCUGGUUCAGAUCUACGUCGUCGCCGCUAACGCAGGGGUCUGCGGGUGGUGUGCUCCGUGGUCUCUGGCCUGAGUAUAAAGGGCCGUUGCCGCUGCAUCAGCAGGUCGAGGCGGUUGAUACGAUUAACCGGGGGUUUGAGUGUCCUGCGCGUGAUAGGAUUCUGGAGGCUGUUCAGAGCGGGCCGGAGUGGGAGGAGCAUCUUGCUGUUACGGAUGGGUUGAGGAGGAACCUUGCGGGGAUGUUUGGGGCUGAGGAGCAGGACGAGUGGUUGGAGACCUGGGAUCAUUUUGCGGAUAAUUUCCAGGGGAGACUGUGUAAUGGGUAUGAACUGCCUUGUUCUGUGGAGGAGGAGGGUGAUUGUGUGAGUAGAGAACAGGCCGAUGAGGUGUUUCGGGCUGGGGAUUGGAUGUAUAACUACUGGUGGCGGAGGAAUCAGAAUGUCACCGAGUAUAUCCGGGUGAUUGAAGGAAUGUUUAUUGCAGAGCUGGUGAGGUCGUUUGAGGCGGUGGUUGCAGGGGAAGAAGAGGUUGUGUAUAGACAUGUCUUUGCGCAUGAUGGCGAUAUUGCGCCGUUGUUGGGGGCGUUGGGGAUUAACGCGCUGAGGUGGCCGGGGAUGGGCUCGAAUGUUGCAUUUGAGUUUUGGGAAACGUCCGAGUCAGAGGUGUAUGCCAGGGUGCUGUACAGUGGACGCACGCUGGAGACAGUCCAUGGUCCCCUGGAGUGGAUUCCUGUGUCCAGGCUGGUUGAUAUCCUGAAGCCGUUUAUCCCGGAGGAUAUUGUUAAGCUGUGCAGUUGA